CCCGGAUGCGCCGCCCGAGCGCCAGACGCGGAGCUGGGAAAAGGGAGGCAGAGGAGGCGGAGGCGGAGGCAGAGGCAGACCCGGGCGCCGAGACCGACCGACAGACCGGCGAGGCUGGACCACGCAGACCCGGCCCAGCGAGUCCCCCCCCGCGACCCGAGCAAGGUCCCCGAGAGACGGUCUCGGACUGGCUUGGGAGCCAGAGGCACCAGAGCAGAUCCCGAAUCAGGCUUUCCUGGGCUUCCGACGAGGGCUGGCCCUUUGGAAGGUGCCUUCUUCAACAGCAGGACCAGGCAGGCCACCAUGACCGAGAACUCCACAUCCACCCCUGCGGCCAAGCCCAAGAGGGCCAAGGCCUCCAAGAAGUCCACAGACCACCCCAAGUAUUCAGACAUGAUCGUGGCUGCCAUCCAGGCGGAGAAGAACCGUGCUGGCUCUUCGCGCCAGUCCAUCCAGAAGUACAUUAAGAGCCACUACAAGGUGGGUGAGAACGCCGACUCCCAGAUCAAGUUGUCCAUCAAGCGCUUGGUCACCACUGGGGUCCUCAAACAGACCAAAGGCGUGGGUGCCUCGGGGUCUUUCCGGCUGGCCAAGAGCGACGAGCCCAAGAGGUCAGUGGCCUUCAAGAAGACGAAGAAGGAAGUCAAGAAGGUGGCCACGCCAAAGAAGGCCGCCAAGCCCAAGAAGGCUGCCUCGAAAGCCCCAAGCAAGAAGCCCAAAGCCACCCCAGUCAAGAAGGCCAAGAAGAAGCCGGCUGCCACGCCCAGGAAAACCAAAAGACCCAAGACUGUCAAAGCCAAGCCAGUCAAGGCAUCCAAGCCUAAGAAGGCCAAACCCGUGAAGCCCAAAGCCAAGUCCAGUGCCAAGAGGGCCGGCAAGAAGAAGUGACAACGAGGCUCUCCUUGUGGACACUCCUGCCUGUCUCCUAUUUUCUGUAAAUACUUUUCUCCUUUCUUCUCUCUUGAUCCUCAUCUGCAGCCCUUUGCCCCCUUUCCUUCUGACUUUAUAAAGAGACAGUUUGUAUUCCUCAGAAAUUAGGGAAUAAUUCAUUUCUCCUUAACCAAUCAUGCCAGGACAGCAACAACAAAUCUCAUCUCUGUAAUGAUGAGAAUGUACUUAUAUUUUGUUUGGUUGAUUUGUUACUAAUAUGCUUAUGGGUUUGGGGAUUUGGGUGGGUUUGUGUGUUUUGUUUAGUUAGAUGGCUGGUUCACUCUGAAGGUCAAAGUCGUGGGGAGGGGGAGAAUGGGCAAGGCAGCUUCUUGAGGCUAGAUGACAGCGAGCCCAGGAAUUGUAAGGUUUGUAAGAACACCUGUGAGGCCAUCGAGUUUUCUUUAAGUUGAGCACUGCUUGUGAGAGUUUCAGAACCUAGGCGCGGAGGAGAGGGGUGGCAGCAGCUGGACGGCAGAGGAGGGAGGUGGAAAAAAUACUCUCUCUAGGCUGGCUUCCACCUCCCGGUGGUGAGCAGUGGGGCGUCCAAAUCCAGUUUCCUUGUCACUUCUGUUAAGUCUGCCCCAGUGGCCUCCCUAUUGUCCUAGAGACGUGGAGGGGGUUGAAGUGACAGCUGGUCUGAGAAACUGGCUUCUCUCAGCUGGAAACUAGCCACUGGAAGUGGGGGGUGGGGGUGGGGGUGGGGGGUGGUCUUUGGCUUCCGAAAGUCUCCUGUUAAACAGGAGUGGAAACUUUGGGGGAAGGGUGGAGAGUCAUUCAGCCAAGUGCCUCAGUGUGCCCUGUUGAAACUUGGGUUUUUCCACACAAUUGGAUUGUAUCCUAGGAGGACCUUUUUGCUUUUCCCCUGAUUUUUGGUUCCUCCUGUACAAGAGGUGGCUUUGCUUAGCAGUCUGGUGGGGCUCCAGCCCUGCCGCCCACCACUUAAAAACCUCCCGACCUCUUUACUUCUGAGUCUUUUAUAAGUAGUUGUAGACGGGGGAGGAGGGGAGGGAGGGGAGUGGACAGUAAGACAUACUGCAGUCGAGUUUGAAUCGCUAAGUAGUUGUAGAGAGCUAGGUCUGUGUGAUGUCUGUGUAUAUGUAUAUAUACAUAUCUAGGGCUAGUACUUACGUUUCACACCCGGGAGCUGGGAGAAAAAACCUGUACAGUCGUCUUUCCCUUGUUUUUAAUAAAACAGAAAAACGUGCAAUUGCGCGUCCCCCCCCCCACCCGCCUCCUUUUUGUUUGUAAACAAGUGUUAUUUGUGCCUGGAAGAAUUUGCUGUCUUUGUAAUUUUCAAACUUUAAAAUAAAAUUGAAAAAGAAAAACCUGA